AGUCCAGGAGCGCAGCUGGCCGCGGCGCUCCGCUUUCCCAGCGCCCGCAGCUGAAUCGCAGUCCGCAGCCCGCAGCCCGGCGCGGACUCCCAUCGCCGCAGUCGCCCUCCGGCGCCAUGUCGCAGAACGGAGCGCCCGGGAUGCAGGAGGAGAGCCUGCAGGGCUCCUGGGUGGAAUUGCACUUUAGCAAUAAUGGAAACGGCAGCAGCGUUCCAGCCUCGGUUUCUAUUUAUAAUGGUGACAUGGAAAAAAUACUGCUGGACGCACAGCAUGAGUCUGGACGGAGUAGCUCCAAGAGUUCUCACUGUGACAGCCCACCUCGCUCACAGACACCACAAGAUACUAACAGAGCUUCUGAAACAGAUACCCAUAGCAUUGGAGAGAAAAACAGCUCACAGUCUGAGGAAGAUGAUAUUGAGAGAAGGAAAGAAGUUGAAAGCAUCUUGAAGAAAAACUCAGACUGGAUAUGGGAUUGGUCAAGUCGGCCGGAAAAUAUUCCCCCCAAGGAGUUCCUCUUUAAACACCCGAAGCGCACGGCCACCCUCAGCAUGAGGAACACGAGCGUCAUGAAGAAAGGGGGCAUAUUCUCUGCGGAGUUUCUGAAAGUUUUCCUUCCGUCUCUGCUGCUCUCUCAUUUGCUGGCCAUCGGAUUGGGGAUCUAUAUUGGAAGGCGUCUGACAACCUCCACCAGCACCUUUUGAUGAAGAACUGGAGUCUGACUUGGUUCAUUAGUGGGAUUACUUCUGAGCUUGCAACGCAGCUCACUGAAGAGCUGUUAGAUCCUGGGUGGCCGCGUCACUUGUGUUAUUUGUUCUGUAAAUGCUGCAUUCCUAAUUUAGUAAAACAAAACAACAGACACUAAAAUCAUGUUGAUCUAUAAUUAUACCUAUGAGGUCAAUUAAUAAGCAUGUCAGACUGAUUAAUAUCUAUUGUAAAAAUUUGGUAGUGAAUUUGGAUAUUAGAUAUAAAUACCUGAAUAUAAUUUUAAUAUCCUAUUCAUGAUGUAUGUUGUAUUUUAAAAAUUAUCUGCAACCUUAAUUCAGUUGAAGUACUUUAUAUUUCAAAAGAAUGAAUAACAUUGAUAAUAAAAUCGCUACUUUAAGGGGUUUGUCCAAAAUAAAUAUUGUGGCCUUA